CAUGUACGUACCUGUGCGUUCUCAGCAAUCGUUCGGGGCUGCAGCAAGGCAGCUUGGCAUUUUUGGGGAGCCCCCACGAAAGUUUUUGUUUUCCCUCGUACGGUACAACACCAGCUCCAGGUGGUGGGUGAAACAACAGUCCGCUUCCGCAGGAUCAGCAAUCAACGCACGCGAAAGGAGGUGUGCAUCUGUGCGUGUAAAAAGCCCGGCCGCAACGCAACGCAAAAGUUGACACCAUCACUUACCCGCUGCAGUUAACAAAACCGUCCGAGCAAGGAGAGCAAGCAAAUAGAUACAACGAACGAACGUAGCGCCCAGACAGUAAAUACGAACGCGGAAGGUUUCUUUUUUUCUCUCUGGCGCGCCGGAUUAACGUUCUUUUAACAUAUACACACACACACGUUUGACGUAAAAAAACCACAACAAGCAAUUAAAAGGCAAACAACGAUGCCGGAAAGUGGACCCGUGUACCAGCCGACGACGGUCUCGUUCGAGGCGCGUCCGAGCGCGGGCGGACUGCUGGCCCAAACUACGGCCGUCUCGUCGAUGAAGAUGCUGCGCAAACCGGCCAUCCAGGUGUCGAUACUGGUGUUCGGCUUGAUCAUGUUUGCCACAGGAAUCGCACUGGUUGCUAGCGGCUCGGCAGACUACUCCGAUGCGGAGCAGCACCCGGAAAUCAACCCGGAGGGCAAGGUGCAGGAGGAGCGCAUCGACGUCGGGCUGAUCGUGACCGGGGCAAUCAUCACGCUGUUCGGAAUCGUUUUCCUCGGACUCUACGUAAAGGUGGCGGACUGGCGGCGCAGCUGCGUCUGCCCGUGCGUGCUGUCGAAAAAGCAGGGCCUGGCCCGGCAGCUGCAGGGCAACGGGGGCGGCCAGAUACUGGCGCUCAACCCGAGCACCGACCCGCUGGUGUCGCACACGCAGUACGCACCGGUGUCGGAGAUACCGACGCGCCAGGAGGACGAGGAGCGGCGGAACCUGAUGCCGGACAGCAAGGACUCGUGCAUGAGCAGCGCGGAGGAGUCGGACCGGAUGCUCGAUACGGAUCCGCGGAUUGUGCUCCGGCCGAUCGGCAGCACGCUGGAGGAUGCCUAAAACACAGCGAGGGGCACAAGGGUAGGCCGACCGCUACAAAACACCGAUGAUAGAGAUGGACCGAGAGAGCGAGAGAGAGAGAGAGAAAGAGAGGUAGGGAGAGGACGAUCUAGAGGCGAUGUGUGGUGGGUAGGGCGACGGAGUAGGAAGCCUCGAGCAAGCCACGAGAAGUGUGGUAAGUGAAUUUUGGAUAUGUGAGUGUGUGCUAUUGUAUUAUGGAUAGGUAAUUGGGAAAACGGGGAAAGGAAAGACGUUAAAGGCGUUUAACGAUGCUGCAUUCCCUCCCAGGUUGCCCUUGCAUUUGUUCAUUCCCUGGUCCACGCUCGUGAGCGUGAUUUUUUUUUAUGCACGCAAAAGAUUUUGUUGCAAACAGUUACAUCAUCUGAUGCUCACACACACACACACACACAUACUAAUGUGUGCACACAAGGCAUCACGGAGUUUAGUCGAAUUUAGGGUACAAUUCGUAAGAAAGAAGAAAAAAAGCAUUCAUUAAUGUGCAUUUGCCAGCUACAUCCAUUCUUUAAAAAAAAACACACACACAAAAGUAUUGCUUUAGUAUGUAAUAACAAACUGGGCGCUAUUUUCGAACUCACGGUGGCUAGUCGCGCUCGUGCAAAGCGGUUGAAGGUUAUAGUAUUUGCUUUUUUUUUGAAUAUUAUUAUUUAUACGCGGUGGAGCAGUUAUAGGAAUAGUACCUAGACAUAUCUUCUUUAUCUCUUUUUUUUUCAAUUAAAAAACGUUCCAACAUUCUGUUCGUCUUAGCGAACAGUUAAGCGUCUGUUAGGUAUGGUAACAAUUCUCUCUCUUUCUCUCUUUUUUUUGCACUGGACUACAUUUACAUUUAAGAAAGCGGCAGCAAACGCAAGAGAGAAGCAACUUAAUCAAGCAAAACAAAAGAAGAAGAAAAACGAUGUACCUUACCCGCACUCUCUCACUCAUACUUACGUUUUCGUAGUUUAAUUUAGCAGCAUGCCGUAGUUAACUUUUACAUGGGUUUUUUUCAGGAGUUCUCAUAGUUGUAGGACACUUCCUUGACUCUUUUCUAUGUGAAAUGAACUUCAUAUGAAGGAAAUUGGACUCUAUGGCAUCCUUUUUGGACAGGCUACUUUAAAAUCCGUAUUAGAUUUGUCCAACAAGAGUGAAAGAGAGUCCAAUUCCCAUUACAUUAAGUUCAAUUCACUUAAGAAAGUGUUGAUAAAGUGUCCCACAGCCAUGAGAACUCCUGGAAAACCCUGUAUUUUCGUCUCUCUACACACACACACACACACCGUGCGAAUGCGCAUCCGUGUACGCUUUUGUUUUGGCAGGGACAGGGCAGCUUCUCCAGCUCCAGCCGAACAUUUUCCAAUAGGAAGAAGGAACCGUCCAAGAGCGCGCACUGGCGCAAAUGCAGGCGCUUUUUUAUUUAUCAUAGGCCAACAUUGAAUCCCUCCAGCCGAGAUAGAACACACACACACAGACAGGUGUGUUGCAACACACUGUAAGAGCCAGCUCUGUGCAUAGAAAGGCCUAAUCUUGCGGGUGGUUGUAAGUGGUGUGUAUAGGCUUCUUUUUUCUCGAGUACGGUGUGGAUAGUUUGUUUUUUGAGUAAUUUUUCCAACUUAUUUUUAUAAAACAAAGAAUGUGUUAAGAGCGUGCAAGUGCCACUUUUAAAACUGCACAGGAGACAGUAUUCCCCCCCCCCCUCCCCUGUAAGUCCUUAAUAUAAUAUCAGCGCGAAACGGAGGAAGGAAGCCGCCUGGCCCGUGGUUACAAAAUACGAACCCCUCCUGCAAGAAAGGCUAGGAGAUAGGACGCGGUUCGCGCGGUACACAUUUUUAAAAAAUAAAUCUCUUAAUAAAUAGGACAUAGUUUACGAUAAACCACAA